AUUUCAUGACAGGUCCGAGUUUCGGCCGUGUCUUUCUUUUUCUAUUUCUCCGCUAUUGACACAAGGUGAGAGGAAACAUGCUGUUCUGUUUCAUUGACUCAGCUGUGUAAACAAGGGGAGACAACUGAGGCCUGAUCAAUGAGUGGGGAGGAAGCGGAGUCUGGAGAGCGGCCGGUUACAGGCACGCCUCCAAUCAUGGAGCUGUCCCUCCUUUCACAGACCAGCGACAGCUGCGCCUCCACCAAUGGCGAUGACCGCUUCAAAGACGAAGAGCGUGCAGCCAACUUACUGAAGGGAUUUUCCAAGUUGUACAAGAACAAGGAGUUUGUGGAUGUGAUAUUAGUGGUGGAAGAGCGAGAGUUUCCAUGUCACCGCAAUGUACUGGCGAUUUCAAGUCCCUUCUUUAUGGCAAUGUUCAACAGUGACAUGUCAGAGAGCCGUCAGGAGAAGAUAACUCUCAAGGACAUGGAUUCCUCUACAAUGGAAUUAGUCCUCGACUACAUUUACACUGGCCAGGUUUUUCUCUCUGAAGACUCUGUUCAAAAUCUGCUUUCUGCCGCAAAUCUCUUCCAGCUACUGUCGCUUCGAACAGGAUGCGCAGAGUUCAUGAUGAACCAUAUAAAUGUUUCAAACUGUAUUGGCGUCUACUUUUUCGCCCGUGCUCACGAAUGUGCUGUACUAGCCAUGAAGGCGAAAGAGAUGAUAAACAAUCAGUUCACAGUAUUGUGCAAACAGCACGAAUUUCUGUCUUUACCUGCGGACAAACUGGUGGAAAUACUCCUGGAUGACGAUAUUAAUGUCAGUUUGGAGGAGACUGUAUACGAAGCAUGCAUGGCAUGGUUGAAGAUUGACAUGACUGAAAGACUCAAGUUUCUUGUCCCUGUCAUGGAAUGCGUCAGGUUCGCAAACAUCAGCUCAUACUACUUCUGUGAUAAAAUCGACCCAGACACUCUUCUGCGUACGAAUGAAAACUUAGCCAAUAGACUGAACUUGAUCAGGUAUUAUCACAUGUUGAAAAACCGCCAGAACGAAAUGGACGUAAACUUGAUGCCACGGCGCGGAAUGCCCUACGAAAGAGGUGUCAUGAUCUUAGCCAACCCGUACACUGAAGAUUCCCUAAAGAAAUUCAACAGCAUGGAGAUGUUAUUGCCUAGAUCAGGGGAGGUAAUCCAUAUCUGCAAACUGCCGCAAAGUCUCUAUAGCCCAGGUGUUGCUGUGACAGGGGACAACCAGAUUUACCUGGCGGGAGGAGCAAUCAGGAAGAUCAACUACCGUGGUUCUAUCACCACAGAGGGCGUCUCCAACACUCUGUAUGUCUUUGACCAGACUGAUGGCACAUGGCAGCCCAAAGCUAAGAUGAACAUGGCCCGCUAUCAGUUUGCACUCUGCUUUGUUGACAAGAAUGCCUAUGCCAUCGGUGGUCAGGAUGUUUCGGUGAUUCUGAGCAGCGUGGAGAAGUAUGACCCCUUGACAAACACCUGGACCAACGUGGCACAUCUACCCCAGAGGCUUCGUUUUGUGACAGCGGUCAGCUACCGGGGCAAGCUGUACGUGUUUGGAGGGGAGGGAGGAACUGACGUUAGCAAGAAUGCAUACAGAUACGAUCCAGCAACUGAUGUCUGGCAGGAGUUACCUCCCAUGUCCACGCCUCGGGUUCUUGCUGGAAGUGUUGUGUUUCGUGAAAAGAUCUAUGUGAUAGGAGGUAACUCGGCCAUCAGUGACAAAUGGAGGAAGGAGUUUCUUCCAGAGCAUUGUGUGAGCAGUGUAGAAGUGUUUGACCCCACCACAGACGAGUGGACCACCGGCCCAGAGCUGCCCAAUGCCCUCUGUGGGGCAGGUGUGGUGAAGUACAAGAACACCAUCCUGAUUGUAGGGGGUGAGGAUGAUAAGAGCUGGAUGGCAGGGCUGUGUUGGCUGAAGGAACAAGAUGACAAGCUGACAUGGGUGGAGGGACAAGAGCUGCCCACCGUUAUGAGCACAUUUGGUUGCCUGGUGGCCAACAUCCAUCAUGACUAUCUGAAACAGCAGGGAUAAUCUGCCAGUGGCUGCAAGCACAUUUGGUUGCCUGGUGGCCAACAUCCAUCAUGACUAUCUCAAACAGCAGGGAUAAUCUGCCAGUGGUAGCGAGCACAUUUGGCUGCCUGGUGGCCAACAUCCAUCUUGAUUAUCUCAAACAGCAGGGAUUAUCUGCCAGUGGUCUCGGACACAUUCGGCUGACUAUCUCAAAUAGCAGGGACAAACUGCUAGCAGUCCUGAGCACAUUCAUCUGCCAGGUGGCCAGCGUCUAUCAUGACUAUCUCAGACAAAAGGGAUAAAUUGCCAUUGGUCAUGAGCACAUUUGGCUGCCUGGUGGCCAACAUCCAUCAUGACUAUCUCAAACAGCAGAGAUAAUCUGCCAGUGGUCGCAAGCACAUUCGGCUGACUAUCUCAAAUAGCAGGGAUAAACUGCCAGCAGUCCUGAGCACAUUCAUCUGCCAGGUGGCCAGCGUCUAUCAUGACUAUCUCAGACAAAAGGGAUAAAUUGCCAACAAUCAUGAGCACAUUUGGCUGCCUGUUGGCCAACAUCCAUCUUGAUUAUCUGGUCAUCUGGUCAGCAUGACUACUUUAAUAUAAAGUAAAAUAGAUACUUUUAAAUAUUGAAAUACUUCAAGAUGCGAAUUUAUGGAAAAGUAUUAAUUGGUAAAACAAAGAAUAUAUGGGAAAAAUGUAAAAUAAAUACAAAAAUGUGCAUGUAUUUUUAUUGUGAAUAUCUUCAGAAUCUGAUGUUGAAAUAUGAAUUAUACAUGUACAUAUUUGUCUUCUAGCAGUGACGUGAAACUUUGUGGUAGCAUAUUUUGUCAUCAGUUGGUUUAAGGCUUCUUGGUAA